AUGGCUGACGGUUUUGCAAGCUCAGUCCACCAUCAGAGAGCCACUGCUCCUCCCUAUAACUCAUCCACAUUUCUUCAAAGACUUCAUGAGCACGUCCCGAACUCCAUCCAAUUGAUAGGAGUCUUGACGCUUUUAAUCACCGGAUCCGUCUUGCUCCUCCUUACGAGCCUAACCGUCGCUGGUGCCGUUCUGGGUUUGAUCUUCUUUGCGCCUCUGAUAAUCGUAUCGAGUCCAAUAUGGGUCCCGGUCGCAGCCGUUCUGUUCAUCGUCCUUGCGGGUUUCUUGUCCAUGUGCGGAUUUGGAGUCGUCGUUGUCGCUGUACUCUCAUGGAUGUACCGAUACUUCCGGGGGCUGAACCCACCCGGUUCGGACCGGAUCGACUAUGCUCGGAACCGGAUUUAUGACACGGCGAGCCAUGUAAAGGAUUACGCUAGGGAAUACGGCGGGUAUUUGCAAAGCAAGGUGAAGGAUGCGGCUCCGGGCGCUUGAUGCAGGAAUGACGGGACCGCAGUUCACCGGUCCGGUUUUGUCAAUCGCAUUUCUUUUCAUUGGUCAAACCGGGGAUCUUAUCUCGUUUUCUUGUUCUUGUUCUUUUUUUUUUUUUUGGGGCCCAGGGGAUCAUGGUUUGUGUUUAAUCGUUCCUUUCCUUGGUUUGUCACCCUCUUCAAGUGGAAGAAAGCUUUAUCCACGGGUUUUUGGUUGGCCCGUGA